UGGAUCAUUUCUCGAGAUGAAUCGGGUGGUUGGGUCUCGGGAGUGUUGACGCCGCAGAAUGCAGGGUCAAGAAGUCGCGUUGACGCGAACCCCUGUCGCGUAGAUUUCCACUGUAAUAGUGGGACCACGUGCUGACGUGCUGCAUUUAAGAUCGCGCGCUCAGCUUCGUUUUCUUCUCCCACACAUCUUUGUCUGCAACUGCUCCCAACCCGCCACCGCCAGCAAGCAAUUGUCUCUUGACAUCAUAUAGCCUAGCGGGAUUGUAUAUCUUUUUAUCUUCACAGCACCGGCUUCCUCCUUACGUUCGACAAUGACCACCCAGAUCACUCCGUCUAAGCAGGCUGCAUCUGCCAUUGAGGCCUUCAAGAUGGAAUCCCCCGUGAAGAAGCUUGACUUUUCGGCCUCGAACAAGGAGAACGCGCCCUUCGACGCCGACCUUGCCACCCUUGAGGCAGAGAUUGACGCCAACCACCAAAAGUCUAUAAUGGAGUCGACAAAGGAAUCAGAGAAGCCUGCUGUUGUUCCUGAAGCCAAGUCAGAUGUGGCCGACGAGCCAUUGCUGCAGGAGAAUCCGCAGCGCUUCGUGCUGUUCCCCAUCAAGUACCACGAGAUUUGGCAGAUGUACAAGAAGGCCGAAGCUUCCUUCUGGACUGCCGAGGAGAUUGACCUGUCUAAGGACCUGCACGAUUGGAACAACAGGCUCAAUGAUGAUGAGAAGUACUUCAUCUCUCACAUUCUCGCCUUCUUCGCCGCGUCGGACGGCAUCGUCAAUGAGAACCUGGUCGAGCGUUUCAGCGGCGAGGUCCAGGUUCCCGAGGCACGCUGCUUCUACGGCUUCCAGAUUAUGAUGGAGAACAUCCACUCCGAGACAUACUCUCUCCUCAUCGACACGUACAUCAAGGAGCCUGCCCAGCGCACGCACCUCUUCAAUGCCAUUGACACAAUUCCCUGCAUCCGCAAGAAGGCCGACUGGGCCCUCCGAUGGAUCACUGAUCAGAAGUCGACCUUUGCCCAGCGGCUCGUCGCCUUUGCUGCCGUCGAGGGUAUCUUCUUCAGCGGUGCAUUCGCGUCCAUCUUCUGGCUCAAGAAGCGCGGUCUCAUGCCGGGCCUGACCUUCUCCAACGAGCUCAUCUCUCGCGACGAGGGGCUGCACACCGACUUUGCCUGCCUCCUCUUCUCGCACCUCAACAACCGGCCGAGCAAGCAGGUUAUUCAGGAGAUCAUUGUCGACGCUGUCAAGAUUGAGCAGGAGUUCCUCACCGAGGCCCUGCCUUGCGCCCUGCUCGGCAUGAACGCCAACCUCAUGAAGCAGUACAUUGAGUUCGUGGCCGACCGCCUGCUCGUCGCCCUCGGCAACGAGAAGGUGUACCGCUCCACGAACCCCUUUGACUUCAUGGAGAACAUCUCGCUCGGUGGCAAGACCAAUUUCUUUGAGAAGCGCGUCGGCGAGUACCAGAAGGCUGGCGUCAUGGCCGGCACCAAGAAGCUUUCUGCCAACCAGACCGAGCAGGAAGAGGUUAAGGGUGACAACGGGGGUGACUUCACAUUUGACGAGGAUUUCUGAAGCUCCUGCCGUGCCCUUUCAUGGCGCGCUUCCUCUCGCCUCGUUCUCUAAUACCCCAUUUGUACUGAUAUUCCUGUUGUCUUUCCUUUUAUCCCCUUCUAUCUCGUUCUGGCAUAGAAGAGCGAUGGGAUCUGUCUGUCUGCGUCUCCCUUGAUUCGGAGAUGUUGGAUAUUCUUGUCGCGUGUAUAACGUGCUGCGCGGGUUGGGCUGUUGCGGCAUGGAGGCGUCUGGCGUUGAUUGGGAAAUACGACACCCGCUAGGGUCUCUUUCAUGUUGAACGAAGCUGAUGGGAGUCGGGAACUGGGUUAUGGCUUGGGAAAGGAUGAGGAUGUAGACAUAGUCUAGGAAUUGAUGUGUUAUGGCAUAAGCACGUUCCUCCACCUGGGAUA